CACUAAUCGGAAUUAGUGCAUCAGCUGCGAUCAAAACAACACAAAAUCCAUUGCGAAAUUAUUUAAAAUAUCAGAAUAAUCAAACAGCUAAACCAUGGGCAAAGCUGAGGUGGGUACGCCAAAGUACCUGGCCAACAAGAUGAAGGCCAAGGGCUUGCAGAAGCUGCGCUGGUACUGCCAGAUGUGUGAGAAACAGUGCAGGGAUGAGAACGGCUUCAAGUGCCACACGAUGAGCGAAUCCCACCAGCGGCAACUGCUCCUCUUUGCGGAUAAUCCUGGAAAAUUCCUGCACAGCUUCAGCAAGGAGUUCUCUGACGGCUACAUGGAGCUACUGCGUCGGAGAUUCGGCACAAAGCGUACGAACGCUAACAAGAUCUACCAGGAGUACAUUGCCCACAAGGAACACAUCCAUAUGAACGCCACCCGCUGGCUAACUUUAUCCGACUACGUUAAGUGGCUCGGGCGGACGGGUCAGGUGAUAGCCGAUGAAACGGAGAAGGGCUGGUUUGUGACCUACAUCGACCGCAGCCCGGAGGCGAUGGAGCGCCAGGCGAAGGCCGAUCGAAAGGAGAAAAUGGAGAAGGACGACGAGGAGCGAAUGACCGACUUUAUCGAAAAACAGAUCAAGAAGGCCAAGGCCAAAGAGGGCGAAGAUGAGUCUGGGCAGGAAAAGUUCACGGAACUGAAACGAGAAGAGAACGAACCUCUGAAGCUGGACAUCCGCCUGGAAAAGAAGUUCCAACCCGAAUCAGUCCUUGGCAAAUCCGCCCUGACGUCCAAGAGAUCUGCCUCCGAAGUAGAUGAAAAAGUCUUCAAAAAACCCAAAUCUAUCUCGGGAGAUAGGGACCGGGACAGGGAAGGCAGCCAAUCCCGGUCAGCGUUGGACGAAAUAAUCAAGCAGGAGGAGGCAAAGAAGGAGCGGGCCAAUCGCAAGGACUACUGGCUGCACAAGGACAUUGUCGUUAAGUUCAUUUCCAAGUCGAUGGGCGACAAGUUCUUCAAACAGAAGGCGGUAGUCCAGGAGGUGAUAGAAAAGUAUCAGGCCAAAAUAAAGUUCUUGGAUACGGGAGAGAAGUUGAAAGUAGAUCAGGCACAUUUGGAAACUGUGAUACCAGCAUUGGACAAGCCUGUUAUGGUCGUUAACGGAGCCUAUCGGGGCUCCGAGGCGAUACUAAGGAAACUAGACGAACGUAAAUUUUCAGUUAGCGUGGAGAUCCUACAUGGUCCUCUGAAAGGACGAAUUGUGGAUAAUGUACAAUAUGAGGAUAUAUCUAAGUUGUACUGAAACGAUGCUUAUACAUUUAGGUUUAAGUUUUAUAUAAGACUUUUUAGGUUUUAAAAUGAACUCUUUAUCAAUUAAACUUUUAUAAAAAACUAUUGAAAGCAGAA